GGUUGAAAUUGAGUGAUUGCAUUGGCAAUUGGAAAAAUGCAAAAGCUUAAAAGCAGAUUCCAAAGUUGUUGAGUUUCGGAAAUUCAAUUCAAUUGUGAUCAAACAAGAAGAAGAAGAAGAAAAUGGCAAGCGUGCCUUCACCUUCCCCACCUCGCCGCGCGCCUCCACCUGCCUCCGAUUCCGCCACCUCCACCGCCGCUCACUCCCCUAAGAACCAGGUGGAAGUAGCUCCCAACAAUGGAGCUUUCCAUGGAGAUGAAAAGAAACCUGACUUUGCAGAUGCUCUUGAUCACCUGGACGGCACACGGUACAUUGAGAGGUUCAGUAAAUAUGAUGACGAAUACCGUAGACGUCUGUUGGAAAAAUAUUUCUCUGGAAAAAUUAAUGGAGGCAACAUAAUUUAUGAGCAAAUAACAGUACGUGGUGAAAUUAUAAAGACAAGCAGGUUGCCUUGUUUAAGGUCAUAUGCGGAUCCUGUUGUAGGUUUUGAAGACCAAUUCAGCAAUGGAUCAUCCCCACCAGUGGACACACAAGCUAACAUUCCUAAUGGCAAACACAUGGUGAAGAACAAUUGAAUUUUUUUUACAUGGAGAAGCAUCAAGGAACUAUUUUCAGGAAUUCUGGAACCCACACCUCUGAAAAGAUGGUUAUGGGCUCAAAACCAUCAAUUUGCCUAAAAAGGAUUUCCUGGUCGUGAUUUUUAUCUGGUUGUAAUCAUGUGUAAAAUCUUGCGAUUCAUAUGAUUCUGCGAUUCAUAUGAUUCUGUUUGUACUAAUCACAAAGUAAAUAACACCCAUUGUUUUAUUUUCCA